UCUCUGUAGCUGCACAGGCUUCAUGGAGAUCCAGGACUCUUUGGAGGACUCCACCUUGCUGCAGUUUGUCAGUGACAUAAACCUGGUGGAGUUAGAUUUAGGACUGACUGAAACGGCAGCCUGCGCCCAGACUGAGCUUCAUCUGACGGACCCACCGAGAUGCUUCAACCGCCUCAGCCAGGGGAAGUCCAGACGGAGGAGGAUCAUCACUGUGGUCCAGCGGCAGGCGGCAAACGUGCGGGAAAGGAAGCGGAUGUUCAGCCUGAAUGAAGCCUUUGACGAGCUGAGGAGGAAAGUUCCCACGUUUGCGUACGAGAAGAGGCUUUCACGCAUCGAGACUCUACGCUUGGCCAUCGUCUACAUCUCUUUCAUGACAGACUUGCUGGAGAACACCUGAGUGUGCACUUGAAAUCACGUUUUCAAGUCUUGGUGGGACAAAAGACAUUCAAUGAGGUGCAGGUUCUCCGCGUUUGGAUGACUUUCUUUCUUUACGCAUGGUUAUUUAAAGCCUUUAAUUCAACAGUAGAAGGCUAGAGACGUCUUUAAUUAACACAAAUUAUUCUUAACAAUUAUUUAACAGUAAUUUAACUUUUUUGUUGUUGUAGGAAAUAUUUUUCAAAUGAAGAAGUAUUUUAUUGUUUAGUUGGAUGGACCAACAACACUAAAUUCAGCUUUAUGUUGUGUCUAAAAUAAACAUUUAAUGCUAAAAUUAUGAAUUUGUCUUUUGGAUUUCAUAACUGAUAAAACUCCCCAAAAGUAAUGAUAUAUUAUAUAUGUUUUUGUGAUAUGAUUGAAUUCAUAUUUAUGAGAAAAAAAAAGUAUUUUCCCUUGAGGUUUUUGCUCAAACCGACGAGUUUCAGCACCUCGGAGAGCUGCCGGCUGCUUCCCUCUCACCUGUUCUGCCUCUGACUCUCACCUGAACAGGUGAGGAACAGAGAUCCCCCCCAAAAAGAGACAUUUUAGGUUUGUUUCAAGGUUUUUCAAAGACAGAAUUAAUUGUUCUGCAAUAGAUUACCUUUGAAAUCCUUAUUUUUUCAUUAUAAAGCAAUAUAUUUAGUUAUAACCUUAAAUCAAAUAGGGUAAAAUUGGGGUUGUGGUUCCAAAAACCACUUUCCAUUCACUUGUUGACACACAUUCCCUCUUAUUAGUUUUUCAAGUUCAUCUCUCUUUUUUUUAACAUCCUCCAGUCGUGUCUGGGCUUUCAGCGGCCCUGCUGUGCGCUCGGAUCCGCCCAGAGCGCACCCUGCAGACGCAGCGUCCUUUGAACCUGAGACCCCCCAACGGGGAGUCAGCGCCGUUUACCUCACAUUGAAAAUAAACACCUUGGUUUGCUUAUACGAGCUGGGACGUCCUGCUGGUUCAUCAUCGGGGUCUGAUUGUUUUUCACCACUAUCCCUGCUCCCAUUUCAACAGUUUUCUAAACCCAGAAAAUGUGCUUAAAAAGCAAAGAAUUGGCAGAAAGAUAUAUUUUACAGAGCUGUAAUGUAAUAUCAAAUUCGAUUUAAAAUUAAUGGAAUGUUUAAAAAAAAAAACAAAAGAAAGAAAAAAAAA